ACCACGCCGCCCCCACCAGCACCCCUUGCCCUGACGUAUGCAUCGACCAACCCGGAUUGAGCAGGCAGGCCCUGAUGUGUGCCUCCUCCAAACAAAACAAGCGAUGAUUUCGUAGCAGAAAAGCUUUAUUCUUUAUAUUCGGGGCCCAUUGUGUUAUCGUGUAGCUUUCCGUUAGCUUAAUCCCUUGGACAACAUCAUAGCGUACGUGCAGAGAAGAAGAGCCGAUCGAAGAGGGGGAGCUAGAAGGGACAGCAAGAAGCGGCGCCGAUGGGGUCAAGCGGCGGCGGCGGCAGCGACGGCGGCGGCGACCGGCAAGCGCAGCCGCUGCUCGGCAAGCUCUCGGAGUCGGAGUCAUCGUACAGCUCGUCCGACGAGCACCUGGUCAACAGAACCGGCACGGUAUGGACGGCGAUGGCGCACAUAAUCACGGCGGUGAUCGGGUCCGGCGUGCUGUCGCUGGCGUGGAGCGUGGCGCAGCUGGGAUGGGUGGGCGGGCCGGCGGCCAUGGUGUUCUUCGCCGGCGUCACCGCGGUGCAGUCCACCCUGAUCGCCGACUGCUACAUUUCCCACGACCCGGAGCGAGGCGUCGUCAGGAACCGCUCCUACGUCGACGCCGUGCGCCUCUACCUAGGCGAGAAGAGCCAUCUGUUCUGCGGCUUCUUCCUCAACUUCAGCUUGUUUGGCACCGGUGUGGUGUACACGCUCACUUCCGCCACUAGUAUGAGGGCGAUUCAGAAGGCCAACUGCUACCACAAGGAAGGGCACGACGCGCCGUGCUCCGUGGGAGGGGACGUCUACUACAUGCUCGUGUUCGGCCUCGCGCAGGUGGUGCUGUCGCAGAUACCCGACUUCCACGAGAUGGCGGGGCUCUCCGUCUUCGCCGCCGCCAUGUCCUUCUUCUAUUCCUUCGUCGGCGUCGGCCUUGGCAUCGCCAAAGUCAUCGCAAACGGGGUGAUCAUGGGCGGCAUCGGAGGUAUCCCGAUGGUGACCACGACGCGGAAGGUGUGGCGAGUCUCGCAGGCCGUCGGGGACAUCUUGUUCGCCUACCCUUUCUCCUUGGUGCUGCUGGAAAUAGAGGACACGCUGAGGCCGCCGGAGACGGAGACGAUGAAGACGGCGACGAGGGCCAGCAUCGGUAUCACCACCCUCUUCUACCUCUGCUGCGGAUGCUUUGGCUACGCGGCGUUCGGCGACGCCACCCCGGGCAACCUCCUCACCGGCUUCGGCUUCUACGAGCCCUACUGGCUCAUCGACCUCGCCAACCUCUGCAUCGUUCUCCACCUCCUCGGCGGCUACCAGGUGUACACGCAGCCGGUGUUCGCGUUCUUGGACCGCAAGUUCGGCGGCGGGGCCACGGUCGUCGUAGUGGAGGUGCCGCUGCUGGGCACGCGGCGGGUGAACGCGUUCAGGCUGUGCUUCCGCACGGCGUACGUGGCGGCGACCACGGCGCUGGCCGUGUGGUUCCCCUACUUCAACCAGGUCAUCGGCCUGCUCGGCGCCUUCACCUUCUGGCCGCUCGCCGUCUACUUCCCCGUGGAGAUGUACCUCACGAGGAACAAGGUGGCGCCGUGGAGCAACCAGUGGCUCGCCGUCCAUGGAUUCAGCCUCGUCUGCCUGCUCAUCAGCGCCUUCGCCUCCGUCGGCUCCGCUGUGGGGGUGUUCGGGUCGGAGACGAGCUGACGAUUCAGGCUCUGCAAAUGCAAUUGCCGGGAAUUUUGAGGAUGGGGAUCGGACUGCAUCCAGCCACAUGCGGUGUACAUAGACUGCGCUUGUACAAUUAGCGUUUAGUUACAAUCAGGGAUUGUAGACUUCAAAUUCCAUUCUCUAGCCUACUACGUACGAAGAUCUUGGUGUAUAAGGAUUUUUUUGGCGGAUCAUCUUGGUGUAUAAGUUGGUGAAUUAUAAUAAGGCUUAAGGGAGAGCAAGAUUGGCAAUCUUAUGGUCUUGUUACGUACUCA